GGUGUGGUCGUCAUUGAGAUGGGAGACAGAUCGCAUAAAGGCCUACGGACACCGAUGAGAGACGAGAUAUUUUGUCACCACCCGCGAGAAUGGCGACUGAAGAAUGUCAGAAAGGCAUAAGUGGUGGACAUAGAGUGAUGCAAUUCGGAAUGUUACUACAUAUGCCAGCCUAACCUUUCCAGCAAGGAGGCAGUGGCAUUUUUACAAAUUAUUCUAAUCAUCCUUGACGGCAUCAGUGGGGCAAUGCGUGAGUAUAAAGUCGUGGUCCUCGGCAGCGGAGGUGUCGGCAAGUCUGCUCUCACCGUGCAAUUUGUGACCGGAACCUUCAUAGAGAAGUAUGACCCGACAAUUGAAGAUUUUUAUCGAAAGGAGAUCGAGGUGGAUUCCUCCCCGUCGGUGCUGGAGAUUCUGGACACUGCUGGGACAGAGCAGUUUGCUUCUAUGAGAGACCUUUACAUCAAGAACGGCCAGGGCUUCAUACUAGUCUACAGUCUGGUCAACCAACAGAGUUUCCAAGACAUCAAGCCAAUGAGAGAUCAGAUCAUCAGAGUUAAAAGGUACGAGAGUGUGCCGGUGAUCCUUGUGGGGAACAAGGUGGACCUGGAGGGAGAGAGGGAGGUGUCGUGUGGAGAGGGCCAGGCUUUGGCCGAGGACUGGGGCUGUCCCUUCCUGGAGACCUCAGCCAAGAGCAAGAACAUGGUGGACGAGCUGUUCACUGAGAUCGUCCGACAGAUGGACUCGUCCUCGCUGCCCGACAGAGAGGAACCCUGCUGCGGCUUAUCCUGCCGUAUACAAUAGCUUGGGGGGGGGGUCUGUGAGAGUGUGGCGGACAGGGGGCUGGACAAAUAGGAGCCCUGCUGCUCCGUCUGCAGUAUUUACCAGCUCCAGGGGGGUGGCGGUGUGAGAGGGUGACAGCGGGAGGGGCCAAGACAGGACAAUACUGCCCCCAAUGAAUAAAACACGUUUGUGACGGUGAGCUAUCCAAGUAUUUAGGUCUCAGGCAAGGUUAUUCUUCAUGCGACAGUGAUACACCGAACUCCCUCUAUUACACAUUCGCCAGAGAAGCAUGUGGCAACAGGGGUCAAAGAAAACAGAUAAACAUUCUAGGCCUACAUAGUGUGUUGACUCAAAAGGAUGGCGCAGAGCAUGGGACACUGUUGAGUACGUACAAUCAAACUCACCAAGACAGAAGGAUGGACAGAAGCACAGACAGACAGAAAGACAGUCUAAACGCUCUAUUAAAUCCGUAUCGCGAAAGAUCAGCGUUACAGUGUGAUAGAAAUUUAAAGCCAAUUUUCUGGUGUUAGCGGAGACUGCAUAUGUCGGCUCAAUUGGAAAUAACCUUUACGUUUCUAUUGUGCAAUCUGUAAUGCUUCACAUAGAUCAGGCUGACGUCAUCUGUGCAUCUCUGUUGCCAUACACAACAAAUUGUUUGCCUUGUUACCUGAGGUUCGUGGUUGACUUCAGAUGUUUUUAUGUGUACAGUUGCAUUUAAUCUCCCACUUCAGAGACAAAAUGGUAAAAAAGUUUUAUUUUGCACCUCAUUAAAUUAAUCUUCAACAAACGUGGAAAAAUAGUCAAAUGUAUUUAAUGACAUGAUGUUAUACAUUGAACGGUGUGAUGAAAUGCGAUAGAUUUGUUUUACAAUUAUUA